GCUCUCUUCCGCCAACCCAAAUUUAAUCCACACAAUCUGCAAAUAUUCAACCGCUCAGCUCAGCACAAAGCACUACUUUCGCCCGCCUGAGCAUAGUUCCACCCACCAGGCCGUGUUAUGAACACCCAAAGCGCACUCGCGGGCCGUCUGGUCCCCCUGCGGACCAAGGACGAAGUGCGCGCCAGCUUGGAGACACACCCGGUCUAUGUAGUCGAGGUGCCGGCCAAGUUUGCCAAUGCCAUCAAGGAUGCCGUCCAAGCUGCCCUGCCCGACUUCAAGACGUCCGAGAUCUCGCACUUGCGCCGCGUCGUGCAGUUCAAGUACCUGCCGCCGCAUCUGCAAAAGGAUUUCUAUCCGCCGACCAGGCUCCCGAGAGGUGACGAAGAUGAUCCUGCCUUAGCAUUUUUAUCUUCCUCUCCUACAUCCUCUCCUGCACAAUCAGGCAGUGCUCAGACUGCUGACGAAGCUCUUACUGAACAUUUUGAUCUAGUUCGCUACUUUUUGCUGUGUCCCACGCACUAUCUCAGCCGUGCCGACCUCGUAGCUAUCAUACGCACAUGUCCGCCCUAUGACGCAAAGACUGCUCUCCCGCGCAUCUUUCAUGUGACGGUGCCAGCCCUGGCGCCCAUCUCCGCAGACCAGGCCGCGCAGUGGAGCAAUGCAUACUGGCCCAUCUCGUACAAGAACACCAAUCCCUAUGGCCCCCAUCCCAGCCUCGUGCAACGCAACCAGGACGAAAUCCAGCCCGGAGCGGGAACCUAUCUUGGCUUAGCGAGGCUUGCUGGCGUGCAGAUAUCUGACCAAUGUCUAGGUGAGGAAAUCGGCGUUGUCGUCGUCGACCACACCAAGACAAAGCCCGAAAUCAUUGUUGUAGCAGGUGACUGCCGCUGGAGGUCCUUCACUGGCACAACCGAACCCCACACUGGCACCGGCAACGUCAUGGCCCACUCUGUUCUGCGUGCCAUCGCCAUGGUUGCAAAGAAGCGACUCCGCGCUGCUGGCACUGAUCCCGUAUAUCUAGACCGCCCACUUUUCUGCGACAGCCCCCUCACUUCAAUUGAGCAAGAAUACUUCGAGACCAACAACAUACAUUCUAGCGGCUACUUAUGCGUCGACCUAGACAUUUACUUGACUCACGAGCCCUGUGUCAUGUGCUCAAUGGCCAUUCUACACUCAAGGUUCAGGCGAUGCAUUUUCGCUAAACGUAUGCCACACACCGGAGGCAUGACGGCAGAUAGCCCGGAUAACUCAUCGACGGCCCCCACCAGUCUGAAGAACGGCCUGUUUUGGCGACCAAAUGAGCUCAACUGGAAGUUCCUGGCUUGGGAGUUCAAGGAAGAUGAGGAGCCAACCCAUGGUGCAACGGGCCUAAAAGAUACCCUGCAUGCUUAGAUUCGGAUGCUCGUCUGGGAGCCUAUUGGAUAAUCAGCAUAAUCAUGGCGCAUUGAGUUAGUGUUCUUUUCGUCUGGUGGCCACUCAAAUAUGGCUUAGACAAAAUAUGAAACUAGGGACGGGCUUCUUGAACAUUGUAAUUAGUCGGAAUGAAUUCCAAGCCUCGGAAUCGU